UGUUACAGUUCCCAAGACAGUUGGUUAGAUGGCAAGAUAGUCUAUGCCCUCCACUGAAUGAGCUUCUGCAGGGCUGCCACAGACCCUCCUUAGUCUUUAUCUCCAAGGCCCAGCACCGUGGCUGGCACUGCAUAGGUGCCUCAGGUCUGUGAAAUACAGUGGCUACGUGUGUGGCAUGUGUGAAAGAUGACUGGUAGGGCUGUAGGUGGCCAGCAGAUUUGACUACAAGCAGCAGCUCAGGAGGAAAAGCUGUUCUGGAACACGUUAAAUGUCCACCAGAGCCUUGGACACAGAAAACUGGAACAAAACUUUUUAAGGACCAAAAAACAUAGUCCUGCAAAUAUUACUGAUAAUAGUAGCAAUGGAAGCUAUGAGAGUGGAUCAGCUCACCAAAGAAAAUGGAACAGUUGAGGUCCACAUAACUUAUCUGAAAUGAUCUUGGAGGCAGAAGUGUUUGGAAUACAGCUUUCUUAAGAUGUUGGAAUGCUGGCUCCCAGCAGGAAUGGCAGCCCCCUCCAUGAAGGAGAGGCAGGUCUGCUGGGGAGCCCGCGACGACUACUGGCGGUGCCUCGAAGAGAGCGCCGAGGACGCAUCGCGCUGCCAACAGCUGAGGAAGUCCUUCGAGUCCAGCUGUCCCCAGCAGUGGAUAAAAUAUUUUGAUAAAAGAAGAGACUACUUAAAAUUCAAGGAGAAAUUUGAAGCAGGACAAUUCCAGCCUUCAAAAUCACCUGCAAAUUCAUAGGCUGUUCUUAACUUUUCACGAAGGUUGAAAUUAUUUUUUCUGGACAUUCAGAAAUGCUUUGUUGGUUCUGGGACAGUAUUUGAAUCAUGGUACACACCGAUACUUGCUCCCUGUGUACAAUAGUUAAUAAGUGAAAUGAUCAAGUAACAGAAGAUCCCAUCAUUCAGACGGUGAAGAACAGAAAUAAAAUGGUAUUAAGUAUGUUCAGUUUUAAUUUAGUAAGAAACCUGUUUUAA